CCGAAGGGACGUCCUGUUAUAUCGUUCGAGCUUGUGUGUGCAUGUGCGUGCACGCAGUGAGGGUCACCAGCGAGGAAAAAUAUCCAUCGUACUGACAUGCAAAACUUAAUCCUCGUAGCGCUCGCUUGUCUCGCUGUUCAUUUAAAAUGCCAGGACGCUGCGGAAUACAUCGACUGCGGCAACGGAACAUUCAUCUCAUUCACUUCAAGGUGCAAUGGCACAGAAGAAUGCCACGAUGGUCGCGACGAAGCAGGUUGCUUCGAGGUCAACUGUGGACCCGAUGAGUUCCAGUGCGAGUCUCAGAUGAAAUGUGUUCAGGAAGCAAGGCGAUGUGAUGGGGAUUCAGACUGUCCCGACGGCUCCGACGAAGUAGGCUGCGGUCAAGGGAGAUGCCCUGGGUUCGUGUGUGUGGAAGAGGACAGGUGCAUACAGAGCCACUGGCUCUGCGAUGGAGAAAUGGAUUGCAAGGAUAUGUCCGACGAGAAAGACUGUGCCAAACACAUUUGUUCCCCAGGGCAAUUCAAGUGUGAACACAGUAAUAUCUGCAUUCCUAUGCCUUGGAUGUGUGACAAUGCUAUCGAUUGUUCAGAUGGGUCUGAUGAAAAGGAUUGUGAUCAGGGGGCAUCAUGUGGGCGAGACAAUUUUCAGUGCGUCGAAGGAGGCAAAUGCAUUCCGAUGAAUUGGCAGUGUGACGGUGACAAAGAUUGCGUUGAUGGCAGCGACGAGAGUGACUGUGAAGGAAGCGUUUGCGAAAAAUUCUUGUGUCGAAAUGGGAACUGCAUAGAAAACGCAUGGCGUUGCGACAACUCAGACGACUGUGGCGAUGGAUCCGACGAGGAGACUUGCGACACGAUGUGUCGUGACGGCCAGUUACUUUGUACGGAAGAUAAUCGAUGCAUCCCCAUCACGUGGAAAUGCGACGGUGCGAACGACUGUCUGAACGGUAGCGACGAAGCUGACUGCGUGGAGCCGAAAUGUGAGGGGUUCCUGUGCCCUGAGAACAGAUGCCUCCCGUUGGAGAUGCGUUGUGACGGUCGCUGGGAGUGCUCCGAUGGCUCUGAUGAGACCGGCUGCGAAAAGGUUGCGUGCGACAGAAUGAACUGCUCGCAAGGAUGUCGUCUAACACCCAAUGGAACAGUUUGCUACUGCAACCCAGGCUUUGUGCUUCUGUCCAAUAACAGGUCGUGCUCUCCAAUGAACGAUGCUGGAACCAACGUGACGAGGAGUUCUGGGCCUUUACUGCUUUAUGCAACAAGUAAUCGGGGUAUCCAUGGCAUAUGGCUUCAAUCGAAUACAUCCUUCCCAGUGCACUACUCCACUUCACCUGUGCUGGCAGUUGACCUGGAUCUGACUCGUCGGGUGCUAAUCUGGAGUGAGCUUUCGAACAACGGAUCUGACGUCUACGAGCGGUACCUUAACGGAUCGAACGUGACGUUGUCGUUAACACUGCCACUGUCGGCGUUAGAAGGUCUGGCAGUUGAUGCAGUUACCGGCAACCUGUACCUCACAGAUCGUGGACUGAAACGAAUCCUUGUAUGCAGGUUGGACGAAUGGGCGUGUUCUGCGCUUCUCACUACUGGCAUUGGCAACCCUGGUGCUAUUGUGUUGCAUCCAGAAGAAAAGGAAAUGUUCUGGAUAGAACGGAAAGGAAAACCUUCGAUAAUGCGUGCGCACAUGGAUGGAACGAAUGUCGCCCCACUGGUGAACUCGUCUAUCCUCGCACCCAGCAGCCUUGCCUUCGAUGACGCCACCAACAGGCUGUAUUGGGCGGACUCGGAAUCCAAGACUAUAGAAAGUAUUGACCUUACUACUGGAAAGAUAAGAACUGUACUAAUGAAUCAGGACUUCCACCCCGAUAUCAUCGCGAUCUUUCACGACGAGCUUUAUUGGAGCGAUUGGCGAAACCUUUCGAUCAACUCAGGUGACAAGUUUAACAGUAGUGGAUGGGACAAAGUCAUCACAGACGUGGGCACUUCUGUUACGGGACUUGUAGUUCAUGAAGCAGACGGAAAUGCCCAUAACGUGACGAACCCCUGUGAGAACACUCCAUGCGAAGACAUCUGCGUACUCAGUGGAGGCGGUUACAAGUGCCUCUGUCGUUUCGGCUAUGAGCUCAAUAAGGACGACAGCACUUGCAAGUUCAACAGCUCACCCUUAGCCAGUGCGAACAGUUCCCACGUCAUAGCAGCAGUAGCCGCCAACGGAACUGAAGCAACGAAAACUGAUCUCCUUCCGGGUUUCGUCAUCGUUGCAGAGGGUUCCACGUUAUACCGGGUCAACCUCGGUGAAGCCACUGAUCAUCACGUCAAGAGGUUAGAUAUGGGAGCACCAGUUCUAGUUGGUGCAGUGGCUUUUGACUGGGAGGGACAUACCUUGUAUUUCGACGACCAACUCAAGAACAGCGUUCUCUCCAUCCACGUGGGAUCAGCAGAUGUAAAAGUCGUUCAUCUCGAACACAACGGCUCCAUCUCCGGAAUGGACUUCGACGGCAGCAACAGGAACCUCUACUGGGUAGACGAAUCAAAGAAGACUCUCGAGGUUUGUCGCUCCAACGGGUCCGCCCACACAGUUCUUCUGAAAGAAUUGGGAAAACCGAUAGACGUCGAAGUGUACCCCGAAGAAGGUGUAUUGUUUGUGCUGUCUUUGACCGACUUCCCCGCGGUUACUCGUUAUGCUAUGGACGGUACGAAGCCUGAGAUGUUGUGGUCGCUCUCUUCUGUCCGGUCGAUGAGCUUUUCCGUUGACGAGACGGCAAGGCUACUGUUCUGGGCAGACCCUGUACGUAACGGUAUAGGUUGGGUUAGCGUCCGAAACCAAACUUAUAGUCCAAGGAUGUUCGUUCAACCGGUAGCUGGUGUAGCGACGUCAUUAUCAGCAGGGAGAGGCCGUGUGUUCUGGGUGACGUCGACGGACAGCACACUCUUCUGCCUGGAUGUUGGUCGAGGCCAAGUUCAGUCGGUGGCACUUCCGGCUCGGAAUGGCACUGUGGCAAGAAAAAUUGUGUAUGCGGCUCCAGCGCCCGGAAAUGGCCGUGGUGUAUGUUCUAUCCCAGAGAAUGGUGGCUGCUCCCACAUCUGUCUUCCUUCUGGAUUAACAGCGUCCUGCAUCUGUCCUUCGGGAAUGGCACAUGGCAGCGAUUCCCAUCUCUGCAAAGAAACGCAGACGAAAUAGACGACUCCCCGUACAUCCUGAUGCAAGCACGUUCGUUGUGUACUGGAAGGCAUACAUCCCUGUGCAGGCGCUCUUGGAGCUGCUUAGACGCCUAUACAGUCAACCCUCGAUGUAUGAACGGCACCCUCCGUUCCCCGAACUAUCGUUCAUAAAUCGAGGGAUUCAUAAAUCGAAAAUUCCGUCAAGUGAUCACUAUCGAGCAAAUGGAACAGUAUUUGCGUGUUGGGAUUGUGUUCAUAAUGCAAUAUAAUGUAUAAUUUUGCUUUCAACCAUGUCUGCGGCUGUUAGCGCAUUCAUACUCUGUUUAUUAUUCAAUACUAAAGUGUUCUUUGGACCAUGCCCUGCGCUGUGUCAAUCUUAGAAAGUAGAGAUGUCAGCACAUUCGCACUCGACUGCUCUCGGAUUUCCUGCGGGAUUUUUAACCUCCGUUUAUUUAUCUCCGGGUGACAGCGACCACCUAAUUGAAGAAUUGAGGUCAGGAAUACUUGGUCGCCCCUUGUACGACCCCCGAAAACCGUUUGUUGUUCGGAUUUCCAGGGGUAAAGAACGGAGGGUGCGAUACCUGGAAAACGUUUUGUCCGUUCCGGUGUCAUUCAUAAGACCACGGAAUAAUCCCUUUGAAGGUUUCCGUUGACCUCGGAACGAUCCAUUCAUAAAUUGAGGGCAAAAACGCUGGACAACUCCUAGUUGCUUCCCAGAAAUUCCAUUCGCUGUUCGAAUAUCGAGAUUCCUAAAACGAGGGGAAAAUGCAUGUAAAAAGUUCGGUUCCUCGUUCUCGUGUUUAUAAAACGAGGGAAUUCAUAAAUCGAGGGUUGACUGUAUAUGGAUCCUGCGCAGUUCAAUCUUUGUGUUCCGAUCACUUUGCAGAUUUGUGGGAUACAUCGUGGUCGAUGGGAGAAAAAGCUAACAGCCGUACUGUAGAGGACGCAAGCGUAAACCAUGAUUAAAGAAGAUGGGUUUACCAGA